UGCCGCUUGUGCACUCCGCCAUACUUCAAGGGAGCCACGUUACAGAGGACCAUCAUCGCCUGCUAUUCAAGGUCCGGUUUGUUCCUUUUUCAUCAGCGGCAUGGCGUCACCACCAACGCAGAGCUCAGACAUUAGUAUCUUAACUCCGGACUACAUGGCCUUGCUUCAGGGCCUUUGCGUAAAUACCGAGCCGAGUCUUAACGAUGUCACCACCAUCUUCAAGGAAUUCAGUCGUUCCUUGGAUGCCAGAAAGCCCAAGCCUUCUCCUAAACCAUCCACUUCGUCGUCGACUUCCUCCGGCGCUUCCAAAAAACGCGGCGGCAAGUCCGCUUCGCGUGCCAGUGCUGCGAGCGACGAUGCCGGCGGCGACGACUGCGGAAAAGCACACACUGCUGUGGGCUUCGAACGUUCCUGCACGUGGGAGCCGGACGAGAAGCGCUGUUGGAUCAUGUCCGACGUGGAGCUGUGGAACCGCAUUCUCGCCCACGACUGCAUCGAACUUCGAGAGUUCACGUGGUGCGAGCUCGCGCUAAUGGGCUACCAGUGGCCCGAAAAGAAACUGGGAGACCAAGACAUUCUUCGCGCUUCCCUACUCAUCCACGUGCUGCUUCGACAACACAGGUGCGUGACGUACAUAUACUUGGACUUGGCUCAUACGGCACUCGAGAGACAAGUCUUGUGGCACGCCCUCAAGACUGGCGCCAUGGGAGUCAAGCGACUGGAGUACAGGCAAAACUUCAUCGACAUCAUUUGCGUGAUGCCGCUGACCGAGUCAACUAUUUGUUGCGAGGCUAUCGCAAGCAUGACGAACAUAACAUUCCUCGAACUUUCGAGCAUGUGUUUCAGCAAAGACGUGGUGCGCAUUAUUGGUACCUACGUGGAGCAGGCCACUUCGCUCACUGAUCUGGAGUUACUCAACAUUGAGGCUACUGACACAAACGCUGGCCGCUUCCUCGACCAUUUGGCUCGCAACCGGAGUCUGAAGUAUCUGCAUGUGCACGAAAACUUCCUGCUCGCGCGGCAGGGCAGGGCUCUCGCAGAUGCCGUCCUAAACCACGUGACACUGGAGGAACUUAAGGUGAAGGGAUCCAAGCGCCACAGCCCGUCUGCCCUGCUGGCGGCGGUGGCUCACAGCUGGUCGUUACAGUCGCUUACACUGCUGGAAUCCUUUAUUGACCCUGCGGACAUCGAAGCUAUGGCCUCCGCGCUGGCGAUACCAAGUCAGCCUCCCGAUUUUGACGCAGAGGUGAUUCCACCUCCGCCAACGAGCCGACUCCGAAAACUCUCCUUUACGAAUUGCGGGCCCUUUUACUCGCAACUGCAGGUGGCAUACGCGAAUCAUUGGAGGCAAGCUAACAAGACGCUGAAGGCGCUGGUGCUCAACAUGACGACCGAGCACUCGCAGGAAGAUGUUUCGUCGCUGUUCGACAUGGUCAGUCGGAUUAACGCCUUCUCCCGCCUCUGGCUUCACUGGGUCUAUCCUCGAGCGUCGGACUUUCCGAAGAGCGCCCUCACGGCUAGUACGCCCUCAGUUUCCAUGAUCCUGGACGACUACGAAGCAGAGGACGCGGCAAGAGCAUUGGACACCAUUGCCAGCAGUUGCAACCUCGACAUGGCUACAAUUCAAUGCAGUGCGAAUGUGAAGAAAGCCGUGCUUCUAAGACUGGCCGACACUCUAGCAAGCACCAAGUCUCUUCAGAAAAUCAAGGACGGCACCUCCUUGAUCUGA